AUGAAUACUCUAUACAUAUUUGCAGACUACUUGUUUACCAAAAAUCAUAUUCAAAAGGCCUAUUCAUUAUUUACUAUUAUAACACAAUGUUGUGACACUUCACCUCCCGUUAACACUCUAAGUUUGCUAAAAAGAGCCGAGAUAUUGUCAUUUUUGGGAAGACAUGAGCAGGCCAUUAGUAUCACUGAACAUGUUAUACCAGUAAUUAUGGGUAAAAUUCAAGGUGUUGAACAUGCACCAGUAUCACUUACACGAGAUGAAAUUAUCAAUAGCUAUUUUGUCAUUUGUUUUAAUAUUUACUCUAGAUUACGUUUGGCCCAUUAUAGAAAUAGACUGGAAUAUUUUGCUGAUAUUUGUUUAAAAAGAGCCUAUACUUUCACUCGUCAUUACAAAACUUCAUUUUUGACUACCUAUGCAUUAUAUUGUUUUGAAAACAAGUACUUUAUGGUGGCUUCUAAUUUAGCUAAAAUGGCACUAGGUGAGGCGAUACUUUUAAACGAUGACCAUUCAAUCAGAAUAGCUUCGAAUAAUGUAUCGUUUGUUUCAUCAUAUAACAACAGUCAAUAUUUGAAGGAGAAUUAUGAAAACUAUCUAUCAGAACUCAAACAAUCCAAAGACAACCUUGGAUGUCAAAGUCGCUUUUACGGUCCUAUGUUAAAUUAUGAAAGAUAUUUAGUACAAAAUAGGUCAUACAAGGAAGCAUUUAUCGUCAAAAUGUCAAUGACAAGAUUUAACUGUACAGAUUUAGACAGCGUAAAGGGAUUUUUCAACACUCAAUCCAAACUUGAUCCUGAUUUGUGCAUCAUUGCAUAUAGUUUUUUUAAUGAUGAUUUGUAUAUUUAUACCAUCAAGGGCUCCAUUGUUAAAGUGAAACGACUUGAUUUUGAAGUUAACAAAUUAUUUUCUGACCCAUCAAACUAUACACAAAAACAUCUCCAACUGUUAUAUUCUAAAUUGAUAGAACCUAUCGAAGAAGAGUUAAAACAUGAGAUUAUUAUUCUGCCUUCAGAUGGUGCUGAAGCUUUUUUUCCAUUUUUUGCACUGAGAGACAAAGAUGGAAAUUUUUUGAUUGAGAAAUACAAGAUAUCAUUUUCCACAUUUCCACCCACAAAGAAGGUUGGAAAGGAUAAUAUAAAAACAGCAUGUAUUCUGGAUUCUGAAGAUUUGAAACAUUCAAUUCAUGAAUCUAAUAGCAUUAAAGAAACUCUAAUGGGCCGAGGUGUUCAGUGUUACUCUAAAGCUGAGAACCUCGAAGAAUGCAAUGUUGUUCACUUAGCUAUGCAUUCUAACGCAACAAGUGAAUUGAUGGAAGGAGAAAAUUUUCAAGAUACCAUACUUUCUUGGCUAAAGGGAAAUGAGUUUAUGGCAACAGGACAAUUGUUUAGAAAUGGAAAGCAAUUUUUACAUGCAACUUCUUUUGGUGAGAAAUGUUUAUCCAAAAUCAAACUCGUGGUAUUUUCUUCCUGUAACUCUGGUAAAGGGAAAUAUGUACCAGGAGAAGGAUUAUUGGGAUUUGUUUAUAAUGCAUUGAUUUCAGGUGUUGAUUGUGUUAUUUCAACGGGUUCUGAAGUAAAUGAUGCUUACAUGAGAAUACUUAUGUCCGAUUUCUAUAAGUGUUUGACAACAACAAACAUGGAUGUAGGAAGUAGUAUUCGUAGUGCCAUUCUACAAAACAAAAAGAAAAAACAAGUUUGGGGUUCAGUUAACACAUGGGGCAGCAUACAAGUAUGGGGAUAUUUGAACCCUUCUUUUGAAAAUAACCAUUAA